UUCGAAGCUUCAAACAAUGCCGAUGAUAUCAACCUCGUUUUUAGAUCGCGGUGAAAAGGGAAGAAAGGAAACCAAGGCAUCGAUGGUAUCUGAUGAUUGCCAUGGCAACACUGACGAUGAUGAACGAAUGAUGCAGUCAUCUAAUAGAUACGGUGGAGGAGAACUGGCAAAGGUUAAUGACGAAGUAUCAAAAGAUAACAAAGUAGGCGAGCCAAAUGGAACAUUCUGUGAUAAGACGGAGUCGCAAAGGAUAGCAGAAAAUGGCUCACAUCUAAGCAUUGAUGAUCACGACUCCCUAAAGACUGUCUCGACUGCAUCUGAGCUUUUCUCUCCCAGAAUACCUUGCGAUGAUGGCGAUGGAGUCAAAGACCUCAAUGACGCCAUUAGUGCAACUCGUGCUUGCCCCGUCCAGCCGACUUUGGUUGAAGGUGCCAAAGGUGAUAAGUUCUCCCUCAACCACGAUGUUAGGAAAUCAGCAUCCGUUCACUACGUCGAUGUCAAUCAACUUCCAAUACUACCCUCGUCAUCCACGGCGUCGUUGCUGAAAAAUCAGGAUGAAGUUGACAUCGGAAGACUCAUUACGACUACAAUGGCAACCACAGAAAGGAAUGGACAUGUUAACAUAAGCAACAACCCUAUGCCAUGUUCUCCGACGUCAUUGACCACCGUUCCAGUCAGCCGACGAACCCGAGAUCGAGAAGAUGAUGUCGACACCAGUCGUUUGCAAUCAUCAUCGACGACCUACGUCAAUGGGAAACAUAUUCAUGGUUAUCUUGAACAGGUAUCUGAUGACACCGAGUACGAGACUGCAUACUCAGAUUUUUCCGACCGAAUAGACGAACUGGAGAGGACGCUCGUCCAGGAAGAACCGAUACUGAUGAAGACUGCUACUCAACAUCACUCUCCUCGAUUUCUGAUUCGACCAAAUAACGCAUCAUGUUUCCAUGGUGACCAUGCUCGCUUUGUUUGCUGUAUGACGGGCUCACCACGACCUGACAUCAGCUGGUUUGCUUCCGGUAAGGUCAUCAGACCGGAGAGGAACAACCGUCUGAAAAUCACAGACUACGGCGAAGACAACAAUGAUGACGCAUGCGCAUUGGUGUCUAUCUUGGACAUUGUCGAGGUCAAGUUCGAGGACAAAGGCGAAUACGCAUGCGUGGCAAUCAACUCCCAAGGUCAGGCAUUCUCUUCCGCACAACUCGAUGUCGAGGAACGAGAUUCUGGGCCAGUUCAACAGUCUGAGAGUGCUGACGUUGAUGGGUUAAGUACCCAACCUAAAAUAGAGACUUCAGACAGAGAUGAUGUUUUCAGUGUGGCGAAACAAGAGCACAUCCCUUCAACGUCACUUCCCAGCCAGAAGGUCCAAGCACUUGUAGGAUCAAAGGCAUCGUUCUUCUGCCCUGUUGAAGGUGAGCCACUCCCGGAAGUGAAAUGGUCAAAAGAUGACACCCAUAUCACAGGUAACCAUAGUGAUGACCGCAUCACUCUCAGAGUUGAAGGUAGCAUUCAUUGUCUUCACAUCCGGGACAUCAUACCCUCUGAUGCUGGUUUGUAUGUCUGUAGUGCCGCCAAUGACAAUGGAAUGGUGCUAUGUGUCAGCCUUUUGGAAGUGCAAGAUUCAACUGGUUGGGCAGAAGAUAGUCAAGAAGUGAAACAGAGAACUCCGAUGUUGGUAAUCACAGAACCUGAAAUAUUCAGACAGUUUAUUGGAGAAACCCAAAUUGUCGUACCGUCAAAGAUUAGCAAAGAAGGGAGCGUUGUUCCAAGUAAUAAUUCAAAUCAAUCAAACAUCGAAACCUUUGACCUAGUCAGCAGGAACAAGUCUGAUGAAGAAGGGGUGAAGGAUGUCACUACAGAUACGGCUCAAAGUUAUCAACUAAACUCUGGUGAAAUAACAAACAGAAAUAUGGAUGACAUGCUAAACUCAGUUUUGUCCACGUAUGGUCCUAGAGAAUUCCAGCAGAAUAAUUGUGAUGAUAGACUAAGUGUUACCAGUAAUGACGGUGUGACCCGUACGCGCAGUGAAACGAACAGCUCGGAGGCCUAUGUUUCAGCAGAAGGACCACGAGGUGAUAAUGAUGAUCCAUUUGAUAAGAAAGCCCAGUUGGACACACCUGAAGGAGACAAUAUAAGCGAGCUCAAACAUCAUAAAGGUUCAAAGCGGAGGACUUCUCGUCGCAACCAUCUUAAAUCACCGAUAAAAGUCAGCCAUUCACUAUCACCAGCUGACAAAGCCAUCACCGAGUUCAUCGAUUUGGACGAUGUUAAUGGUUUCCCGAGAACUAAGUCAUCUAGAAAGAAACGACCAUCUAGUCGAAGAAAGAAGUCUCCUAUACAUUCGAAGAAUGCAGAACGUGUCAGGUUAGAUAUUGAGAAGGCCGAGGAGCUUACUGAAAAGGUGGAUUCCUGUCUCGACAUAAUCGAUGAUCUGUUGACUCUGACUUCUUAUGAUGAAAAUGAGAAUGAGAAUGAAACGGAAGAAAAAUUGCGUCAAAAGUUGGACACACUGGUUCAAAAAUUCGGCGAUUCUGAAUCAGAUGCAGGAAGUUUGAGCUCUAGAAGGGGUACUCCAUCUCAUCGCAGAAAAGAAAAGUAUAGCAAGGGGGACCUUCUACAUAUGUCAGACAGCAAUGGGGAGUAUAUCGAUGGAUCAGAUGUGAAUAUCAACGUAUCACGGAUUCAAAGUGAAGGUAAUAUCUGGGGAGAGUGUAGUCUUGAGGAUUCGCUGAAGGUAAUGUCAGAACUAGUUGGAAAUAUAGCGGUGACUGUUCGUGAUCCUGGGAUGGAAAAUGAAGGCACUACUCAAGCCCAUCAAGUGGAACAAGUGGCGAAUGGUCAAGAGGAAAAUAUAAACAAUAAUAACAACAGUCUUCGGAAAGCGUUAGUUGGAAGGAGUGCAAUCACUGUUCAGAAAGUCAAAAGAACACCGCUCCGUGAUUUGUUAAAACAAAGUUUGUUCAGCCAGGAGUUGACGAGGAAAAGGGUGCCACGGAGGCCCCUACCUGUCACAAGAUCACUGGACUCAGUGGAUGAUAUUACACAUAUUCACAAUUAUGAUAGAAAGCGAAGGCACAGUUUCGGUAGUUUGUAUCCACCUAGAUAUUCAAGACCAUCACGGAAUCCCCUUCUAAGGACACUAUCGAUUAGGAGAAGGAACCGUGACCAUUCAACAGAUUCAUCUUCCAGCGAUGAUGACAUUCGUGGUAGGCUGCAAGGUCGGACCAUUCUGCGUCGUCCUCGACACAAUGACAAUGGGCAAGCAUCCGGUGAUUGUCCAUCUAAUGUAGGAUCUACCGAUUCUCUGCAGGCCCACCAAGAAGAUAAAUUUCAGCAGUUUCCCGAUGGUGACAGGCUCUCUUCUUCAAUCGACUCUGAAGAUUUAAGCGAUUCCAGUUUAGAAGAAAACGACAACCAUUAUCCGCAUAGUACAGAGAGACUACAGAAUCUACUAUUUGAUACGGAUAUCUUUCCGGAGCAUACAAAUGACCAAAGAGCACCUCAUAUGUUAAACGGUACGACUGACGGCCAUGAAGACAAAAUAGAAAAUGGUACUGACCAUUCUACAAGCUGUAUGAAUGAAGAUAACAGCAAUGAUCUUCAGGAUGAUGGAAUUGUGACAGAAAACUCGUCGAAAGGAAUUCCCGAUGAUAUGACACCAGAGAACGGUGGAAACUCUUUACUGCAAUCAGACCGUACAGUUACAUGAUCACGGUUCAUUUACCAAAGAGAUGAGACGAACAGUUUACGGAAACCCAUCCUCCUGACAAUGGAGCCAAUGGGAACAUUGAUGACAGUUACUUUAGUUCUGGUAUGAGCCCAUCGAUAGAUCGACCAGCAUAGAUAGACCUAUGUGAAAGACGAACCAGUCUGCCUUGUUUGUCAGUGCACUAUUUCUGAAUUCCUUGAAUUGGAAACAUGUCCUGUGUGUUUUAAAAGUGCAAUAUUUCAUACAGAUAUUCGUGAGAUUUUCUACCUUUCACUUCUCUUUUCAGAUUUGCAUUUACUUUUCUAUGACUAUGUAUAGAGAUAUACAUGUACCUUGGAAAUUGGCUGUGCGUCCAUUUUAUAUAUAUGUUUUAACUCGAUAUGCUGCAGAGGUAGUUUAAGGCUAAUUUGGCAGUUUAAAAACUGUCAAAAUAGUCAAGAUAUUCAGUAUAUCUCCCCAAAGUACUGUAUGUACUGGCAAUAGGCAAUAGUUUAAUCAUUUCUAACUCCAAUAGUCAUAUUCACUCACAGUCAAAACAACCCACUUUUUAUUAAAAAAAGCUAGUUUUAUUUAAAAGUCGUCGAUACCUGCACAAGCCCGUUCCAUUCCAUCUCGUAGAAGUUAAAUUCUACAGUAUGUUUUUUACGUGCCACUAUCAAUUUGCAGGAGAAUUCUCCAACCCCUUGUUUCACGUGGCGAACUAAAAGACCAUUAGUUCACUCAUUAUUGAUUAUCACGGUGUGAAAGCAUCGGUAUGUGGCCAGAUAACGAUGUUGGGUAGUAAUAUAUGAUUUCUUUAUUUUACUUUCAUAUUACUUUGCCAUAUGAUAAUUGACCAUUUCGAAAGGAAUCCGAAACAAAUUGAUUUUGUUCUACAAAAAAGAAAAAGAAAACGAGAAGCAGACUCAUGAAAGUUUGUACAAUAUUAAUCAAACAAUGAGAAAGUCAUGCAUCGUGAAAAUGUGUGAUCAAUUUUAUAUGGGAAUUUCACAUAAUUGUGAUGCGGGGUCAGGACACCUCUGUUACCUCCAAUAUUAAUCUAUUUGAAUAUAUAACGCAAUAUUUAUCUAUGUUAUAGUUGGUUUAUUACCCUGAAAUAAAUAUUUUAAUAUUGUUGGUAAUUUCAUUUUUAAACAGAAAUUAUUAUUUAUUCAUUGUCUAACGUCUUUUACAUUAAAAAAAAUCAUUUUCCAAUUCAUAUGUUGUAACAAAAUGAUGUUUUCUAAGGUUUGUUUUUGUUAAUAUGGAGUAUGGUUAGAGCCAUGGUAUGAUGAUUAGGAUUAAAGCAAAUGAGGACGCAAAAGCAAGAGAUUUUAAAAAACUGCAUUUAGCCACCAGCUAUCAGGAUUUGAGGAGAUAGCUGCAUAUUUUCUCCCUUUUUGGAACUUAGUUAUUUGCACCAUUCAGGCA